AUGGCAUUUUAUUUAUCAAAUUUUAACAACAAUGAGAAAUUUGAAUCAAAUCAAAAUUAUAAUUCUACAAAAGUUUUUAAUUCUAAAUUAGUUUUGUUAGGAGAUACAUCUGUUGGGAAAUCGUGUAUUGUUGUAAGAUUUGCAAAGAAUGAAUUUUAUGAAUAUCAAGAAUCAACAAUUGGUGCUGCUUUUAUGACCCAAUUGAUUGAUAUUGGUGAAUGCACAAUAAAAUUUGAAAUAUGGGAUACAGCAGGGCAAGAAAGAUAUAGAAGUUUAGCUCCAAUGUAUUAUAGGGGUGCUUCAGCAGCUGUUAUAGUUUAUGAUAUAACAAACAAAAAAUCUUUUGAAGGUGCUAAAGGGUGGAUUAAUGAAUUGAAAUCAGUUCAUUCAAAUGAUAUAAUUAUAGCUUUAGCUGGUAAUAAAAAUGAUCUGGAAGACAAUAGAGUUGUAGAUAGAGAACUAGCUGAAUCCUUUGCUAAUAGUAAUAAUAUUUUAUUCAUUGAAACUUCAGCAAAGACAGGGCAAAAUGUUAAUGAAUUAUUUUUAAGAAUAGCUAAAAAAUUACCUCUCAAUAAAAAGGAGCAAGAUAAAAAUUCAGGAAUACAGAUUAACAAUACAGAAGAGACUAAGAGAAGAUGCUGCUAG